AUCUUUGUUGGCCGCCUUUCAUGGAACAUUGACGACGAGUGGCUCGGCAAGGAGUUUGAAUCUUGCGGCACUGUCGUCUCUUCGCGUGUUGUGAUGGACCGUGCUUCUGGCCGCUCAAAGGGUUUCGGCUACGUUGAGUUCUCUUCUGCUGCAGAGGCAAAGGCUGCUCUCGAGUUCAACGGCAAGGAGAUUGACGGUCGUCCAGUCAACAUUGACAUCUCAACGCCUCGCCCAGCACAACAAAACAACCGUGCUCAAUCACACGGCGAUGUUCAGUCACCACCUUCGUCUGUUGUCUUCAUCGGCAACUUGUCUUUCGACGCCACCGAGGAUGCCGUCUACACUGCCUUUGGCGAGUGUGGUGAAAUCCAGUCUGUGCGUCUCCCUACAGACCGCGAGACUGGUCGACCCAAGGGUUUCGGCUACGUCCAAUUCAGCAGUGUCGAGGGCGCACAAGCCAUGGUGGCCAUGAAUGGUCACUACGUCGAUGGUCGUCCUGUCCGUCUCGACUUCUCUCAACCAAGGGAUGACUCGAACGGUGGCGGCGGUGGUGGACGCGGCGGCUUCACACCUCGUGGUGGUCGCGGUGGUCGUGGCGGCGCUCGUGGUGGACGCAGUGGCGCUCCAGGUGGACGUGGUGGACGUAUGUCUGGCGGUGCUCGCCAGUCUGGUGGUGCCCAGGAGUUUAAGGGUACCAAGAUGACUUUUGACUAA